UGCCUUUGCCAGUUGUUCGGGAAACCUUCUCUGUUCGCGACAAUGUCCAACUUCCAGUGGCUUUUCGUCCUCGGCGUCCUGUGCUGCGCGGUUCUCAGUCCUCAAGGAGACGGCGGCGUGUCGGCUGUAUUUUGGCCAUGUGAAAGCGAGGAGGACUGCACAGCUGACGGCUCGAGCUGCGACUUGGCCAGCGGGCAGUGCGAGUGCUCCACAUUCGACGCGGUGCUCGCGGAGAACUUCACGCAAUGCCUGGCGACGGCGCUCGUUGGUGACCGGUGCGACGAUAGCGUCCAGUGCAAUCUUAUGCCAACGGGGGCCAGUUGUAAAGCCGGGGUCUGCGAUUGCGCCGAUGGCCAAACCUAUCUGCGUGGCAAGUGCCGCCCUCUAAACGGACUCGGCGAGUCCUGCGACACGGACUUGGACUGCUACUUUGCCUACGAUCGUUCGUCUGUGAGCUGUCAGCAAAACGUGUGCCGCUGUGCAAAUGGCUAUUAUAAUAGAUAUGGAAACAUAUGUCGUCGCAAAUCAAUGGAAGAAAACGAUGCCUGCGUCGUCAAUGAGGACUGUGAUGCACUGGGCGCCGGUGCCGAGUGCGUUGGCUUAGUAUGCACCUAUGUGGACGAGAUUACGACUACUCCCGGCACCGGGCCCGGCGGCGAGGACACCACCGAGGAACCGGGCGAAGACGGGGACUCGACCACAGCGGAGGCUAUCACCGAGACACCGGAACCGGAGACGACCACCUUCAGGAGCCGGCGACAGCUAACCAAGGCCUUUGUGCACGCUCCCCCGCCCACGCACCACGAUGUUGCUGCCCAGGUGUCCUUCGCGGCUCUCACCAAUGGCACCGACACCGAGCCGCUCAUCUCGCCGCGCUCCCACGAGAUCGCCGUGCAGACGAGCAUCGAGAAGUACGAGAUGCGCGAUCUGCGCAGCGUGAGGAAUGUGGCCACCGCCACCGCAUCCACCAGCACCAGCAGCCGGCACACCUCCAGCCGCAACCAGAGCCACAGCCAAAGCCACAGCCUGAGCCGCAACCAACGGCGCCGCCGCCUGCCCUCCCUCUUCCGCUUCGAUGACGAGGACAUCAAGACCUAUUCCACACUGGGAUCUAGUCGCGACGAUGACGACGCCGAUGAGAAGAAGUACGGCAGCAGUUGCACGGACAAUGGCAAGACCUGUUCGGGCCUGCCGCACUCCAUCUGCUCCAAGAACAUCUGCCUGUGUCGUCAGGGCUACUAUGCCCGCAAUGGAAAGUGUUUUGCGGAGCUGGGAGAGAUUGCGGAGAGCACGAACGAGUGCGAGUACGAGUUCGAUGAGCUGUCCAAGACUUGCGUUUGCCAAAAGAACUACUUCUACGAGCGGGAUCUGAGGAACUGCCGGAAACCCAUUCAGUACCACCUGUCGUGCACCUCAAACAGCCAAUGCAGCCCCUUUGGUGCCUCCUACUGCCACCCGGAGAUCCCUAGACGCUGCACCUGCGAGGAGUACGCCUUGUACGAUGCCAUCAAGCAGCUCUGCGAGUACAAGCAGGGUCUGGGCGCCGAGUGUGAGUCCAGCGAUGCCUGCCCCGUGGAUAAUUCCGUCUGCUCCAAUCGCCUGUGCGUCUGCGCAGACCACUACUUCGAGAAGGACGAGACCUGUGUGCGGGGCAUCGGUGCCGACUGCUCGGAGGAGGAUGAUUGCAUAGCCGAGAACACAACCUGCGCAGCCGAGGACAAUGAGGCGGAGGCGGAGGAGGAGGAGCAGUCGCGCACAUGCCAGUGCCGGAAGGGUUAUGUGCAUUUCAAGGAUCAGUGCCUCAAGGAAGCUGAGGAGCUGGAUGACGAGUGCGUGGAGGAUGAGCAGUGCAAGCCACUCCUGGCUAGCUGCAACUCGGAGGGCAAGUGCGGAUGCACAGAUGAGCAGCACGAAAAGAACGGCAUCUGUGAGACGAAGCGAGAGCUCGGUGAAUCCUGCACCAAGGCCACGGAGUGCUACAUCGAGAAGGAUCCCGAGAAUGUGGAGUGCCGCAACUCAGUCUGCCAAUGCAAGGUCGGCUACCAGACUAGCUCCAAUCAGAAGCAGUGCAUGAUGCCCAGCAAGAAAAAUUCUUCCGGUAGACCCAGUGCUCUCAAAAUCAUCACCUUCAUGCUGAUCGGCUCCGCUUUCCUGAUCACCAGUGCGGCCAUUAAGCAGGCCUACUACUAACCAAUUGAAACCGGCGAGGAGAGGAUAAGGAUCGAGGUGACCCCCUCGACUGGACCGACUGGACGUGGCCAGUAUUAGCCAAGUUAGCGGCAUGGACCUGGGUCCAUGCGCAACGUGAAUAGAUAUCAAUUAGUCCAUAAGCUGAUAUUUAAGAUUCGAAGCAAUAAACGGAGCCUCUGGUUGGACUCUCGCUUAACUAAUAAUACGGCUAAAAGUAAUUACAAAUUAGCUGUAAGUUUCAAGUUAAACUGCUUGUUGAUUAGGCUAAGCAAACAAACAGUUUUUAACGAAAGAGUGUAAUAUAUAUACAUUAUAAUAAAAUAAGGCCAACGGACAGUUGUAUUAAAUCGA